GGUGUGGGACACCGCCAUGAUGGGGGUGGGGGCAGUAUUUGGAACCCAGGCCCCCCCAGCCUGUUACCCCAAAGGGCUCUUGGGUUGGUGCAAUCACUGGAGCCAUCGUCACUGGAGUCCCAAGCCCUGCAGCUGCCCGGGGAGAUCAGUCCUAGAGUUGAUUCAGGAGUCCGCAGAAGGACUGGAGCAGGGGUCUCUGGGGGCACAGUGGAAGGGGCCUCCGAGGGUGGAAACCUUAGCCGACCCGGGUCAGACACGUGGAUCUGUCGGCCCUCAUCUGUUCCUCGGAAGGCCAGCGUGUGACCUGGCCCCUGAGAAAGCUGGGAUCCGUGGAGGAGGCGGCCCCCUGCCCAGCAGCUCUCACCCGCCAGGCCGGCCUCUCCCUGGUGACCCCACUCACCGGUGGGGUCUCCAGAAAGGACUGUGUCUCUGAGUUGUUUGGGCGGGGCACACCUGCUGCUUCUGGAAGGUUCCUUCUGGGACAAGUUCAGAAUACAGGUGUGGGUUGGAGGCUGGCUGCAGACACAGGAGUGAAAAUCUUCGGCACGCCUCAUUUUUGUUUCCCUUCUCGCCUCCUGGUCUCCACGCUGCGUCCUGAAGGCCCGUGCUGUCCUCGGGGCAGUUUCCCAUUACUUCUCUUGAAGCAUUCCUCGGUUUUCGGGGGUUCUCAGCUCUUUUGCAGGACUGUACUGACGGGGCGGGGGUGGGCUUAACUACAGCCCCAUGGAUUUCUAUAAAGGAGGCGGGGUGAAGCCCCCAGAGCACAGACGCGCAUAGCUUUCCUAUAGGUCUGAGGGGCGUCACCUCUGCUCCCAGUGACCCCUGUGGGCUCAGUGCUGGGACGCGGUGGUGAAAAGGCCCUGCCUGGAGGCCAGGCAGUCAGUAAACAGCUCAUUUCAGAGGAAACACACGCUCUGAAGGCAGCAGCCGUGGGCAGUGGAUAAGGGUGCACCUCGGGCAGGUCAGGGCAGGCCUCUGGGAGGAGCUGACAUUCAGGCUGACACGCGGUGAUGGAAAUGAGCUGCUCACGUGGGGAGGCCUAGGGCGUGGCAGGUGCGCGGGCCUCCUGACCUCGGGCAGGAUGCUUGUGUGCGUCCGCCCCUCCUCUGCACGGGGCUCCUGGGGGCCCUGACCUGGCCCUGCCUUCCCACGCUGGGUGCUUGCCCACCCUCACCCUUCAGAAACUCAGCCGAUCGCUUCCCCGUUAGUGACACACGGCAGCCAGCCGGCCCAGCCCUCUGUGCGGCAUGCAUGCCACGCCGUCUCCGCUCUGUCCCUGUCCCCAUCUGGAGUGUUCCUUGUCCUCAGGGUUUGCCUUCUCUCAGCCGCUGCCCCGUCUGCCAUUCGGAAGGGACUCCUCCAUGCCUCGAGUUCCCGUAACACUUUCUGUCUCAGCGAGAGGCCUUGUUUCUGCCUGGUGUUUGCCUUGGUUCCAUUCGGGGAUCGGGCUUUACCUGGACCAGCCCUGUGCACAGAGAGCAUCUGUAGACCAGUGUUGUCCUGGGAAGAGGGGUGCCCCUCCCUGCCCCGCGCGGCGCACCAGCCGGCAGGUGUGGGGCGCGGUGGGCCUCCGUCCUGCUGCAGGGGCCUGGCCGGCCGCCGGUCCUCUCACCCCGGAGUCCACUCAGCUGCCAACACCGCCUUCCGGAUCUCACGUCUCAGGCCACUUCCUGCUUAACCCAGAGUAGUGGCAGCUCGCUGCCCUUCGGGGUGAAGGCUGAGUUGGUAACCGUGACCUAGAGGGCCCCGGGUUUCCCCUGGAAGAGCCCCUCGCCCUCACAUCUUCCAGUCGCUGCGCGAACGCGUCCUCCCUGCUGUCGGCUGCUGUGUCACCGCCCUUGGUGCCCGUCUGCCUGCCCCGUGCCUCUCUGUGGCCUCACACACGCACGAUGGUGUGUAUCUGCUGCCUGUCUCCGUGUUCACAGCACUGCACCCCGCAGUGAGCCUGCCCGUGUGCUCGUGACCGAAGCUGGGAGGCGGGGUCCUCGGGGUCCCAGAGAGGAGGCUUCAGUUCGGCGCUUUGCUCUCCUUUAAGUGUAGGUCAGGAUCCUGUCUACCCUGGGGUCAGAAGCCGCCAGGUCUGGUGUCCUGUCGGGAGAGGAAGGAUGGAGAAGCCGGGACGCCGGGUCUCCUGCUCUGAUGUGAAGAUAGCUUUGCGAAACGACUCGAAUGCAAGAGUCAGGAGGCACUGCCCUCCGAGGGGAGCCGCUGCCGCUGAGUUUGGUGCCUGAGCAGAGACGUGCUGCUGAGAGCAUGACGAGCGAGGUGAUCGAGGACGAGAAGCAGUUCUACUCCAAGGCCAAGACGUACUGGAAGGAGGUCCCAGCCACCGUGGACGGCAUGCUCGGGGGGUAUGGCCACAUCUCCAGCAUCGACAUCAACAGCUCCCGGAAGUUCCUGCAGAGGUUUCUGAGGGAAGGCCCAAACAAGACAGGGACCUCGUACGCCCUGGACUGCGGAGCCGGCAUUGGGAGGAUCACCAAGCGGCUGCUCUUGCCUCUCUUCGGAGUGGUGGACAUGGUGGACGUGACGGAGGACUUCCUGGUCAAGGCCAAGACCUACCUGGGCGAGGAGGGCAAGCGAGUGAGGAACUUCUUUUGCUGCGGCCUCCAGGACUUCAGCCCCGAGCCACAGUCGUACGAUGUGAUCUGGAUCCAGUGGGUGAUAGGCCACCUGACCGAUCAGCACCUGGCCGAGUUCCUGCGGCGCUGCAAGCGGGGCCUGCGUCCCAACGGCAUCAUCGUCAUCAAGGACAACAUGGCCCAGGAGGGUGUCAUCCUGGACGACGUGGACAGCAGCGUGUGCCGCGACCUGGACGUGGUGCACAGCAUCGUCCACAGCGCGGGCCUCAGCCUCCUGGCCCAGGAGCGGCAGGAGAACCUCCCGGACGAGAUCUACCACGUCUACAGCCUCGCCCUGAGAUGAGCGGGCCGGCGCAACCAGGGACCAGUGUGGGGCCGGGGGACUGGCGGCCGGGCAAGGCCCAGAAGCGCCACGUCGGUGGUUCAGGAGUGUUGAGCGGGGCCACUAAAUACAGCUGUCUGCCGCCCACUGCCAAACAGGCUCUUUUUCAGAGAGGCGCAAGGGAACUCGAUCCCGAGCGGUGCUGCUGGAUGGGGCGGUGAGGCUGGAGGUGGGGACUGGGCCCUGCAGGCCCGCUGACCCCUGGGCCCUUGUGCUCCCAUGAGAAGCGAGAGUGAGUCCCUCACCGCCAGGACACCAGCUGGCCUUCCAGCCUGGCUGCCUCAGGAGGAAGAGAAUGACCCUUAAUGCAGCUGCUGAGGACUGGGCCUCGGGGUAGGAGGGGAGCUGGGCCUGUGGGACCUCCUGGCUGGCAAAGCCCAUGCGGCACCUGCUGAAUCAUGGGGCUGGGGGCAAGUCCACGUUCCUGGUGCUGCUGGGAGAUGGGGGAUGUCCACAUUUCUGGUGCUGGUGGCGAUGGGCCCUGGCGUCCUAACGUGAUGGUCACCACAGCCUGUGGCAGGGGAGAGGCCGGAGCGUCACUCCUGGCUAUGCCUUGUGGCUCCUCCUCGGGGGGCGUUUUCAAAAAUAAAGGGGUGAAGCCUCUCCCGGAAAGGCC